CGUUGCCUUAGUCUGCGCACGCAUCUCGGCGCGACUCACGGCUUUCAAUAAAAAAUUGAACGUACCACUCGCCAGUAAACUGUGAGGUUUCCAGCGAUUCGUCAGGUGAAACUCCGUGUCGACAUUAAAUUUCAUUCCUUUAAUGCUCUCGUGGAGUAUUUCCUUCUAACGUUUCACGACUUUCACAAAAGAGAAUAUAACAUUUUCCGAUGUGCAUGCUUUCAAAUUGAUUAGUCGUUAGCUGUCAGAUUAUCAAAGAUACGGAAUCGUGUGUGUCGCCUAACUUCUCCCACGAGCUAAUCGUAGCAGUGGAAAAGCGACGAGGCAGGACCAAUAAAUGUCAGUCGGCUGGGAGCCGUGAGGAACGUCGGAUUCGCGGAGUUCUGAUCGAUUCGGAGAAUCCUGCCGCGUCUCCUGUGCCCGGGCCAUCGUUGUCAACAGAAGCAUCGAUUCUUAUCACGUUGUCGCCAUAAAUUUGGUUUCGCGAGUAACGCGCGUAGUAUAACGAAAAUAGAAGUCAUCGUGCGGGAACACGUGACAGCAAGGGAAUUCAUAUGACAGCGACCGUGACGGGCGAACAGCAAACGGAGAACAGCGGUGUUGAUCGACGACCGGGCACAUUUCGUGUCGCCGCGAAACAACAAAUUCGGAGAACAGUGAUAUAGUCAUCUCGUUCGUAAUUUCCCGUGAAACGUGCAGUGAAGUUGCCUCGGUGGGUGCCAUUGACCGCCAUAUUCAGGACAUACGCUACAGAAAGUUUCAAAAAAACUCUUCCAAGCUGAUACUAUCCGCAGAUUGACAGGAAGUGACAUCGGUAGGUUAGGGGUCGAUUAUUGAACGUGUCACGCGGUUACAUCGGUGAUACGGGCCUUAACGAACAACGCAUCGGCGAGAUGGAGUUCAAGUUCAACGUAAAUAAACUCUUACCCAGGAAGAUCAACAAGGUCACCCACACUCUCGUCCCGGAAGACUUCAAAGGUGAUCGACGAGAAUUACAAGAAUGUCAGAGGCAACUCAGCAGAAUUCUGGACGACAUGGGAGAGGCUUCGGCAAGGGCUCAGGGUUUGAACAAGCCCAUAACCAGCGCCUUAAAACUUCGAGACACGGACCAUAUAGUUUAUUUGUUAAUCGACAAUGAAGCAAAUAGCGGACUGGGCAGCGUGGUCGGCCUGUUGAAAACUGGAUCGAAGAAUCUCUUCAUGUUCGACGAGACAGGGGCUCAUUACCAGCUGAAGCCUAGGUGCAUUUUAGAUUUUUACGUCCACGAGACCCGGCAACGCAUGGGACUUGGAAAUAUUCUUUAUCAGCAUAUGCUGUCCGUUGGGAAUCUGGAAAGUGUGGAGCGCAAACAAAGUGUAAUUACUUCCCGAGUAAAAACAGAAAGGCGUCCCGUGAUCUCCAUCUAUACUACCUUCAUGGGAAUCUUGCGCAAACCGAAACUUUUACCAUAUUUCUGUCCAACUAGAUGCGAAUAUUUCUCAUUUCGCAAGUCGUCGUAUCGCUGGCAAACGAAAUUAUGAAUUAUAACAUAAUUUAUAAGGAGAAUAAUAUAUAAUGAUUUGUAAGAGGUUAUAAAAAGAUUGAGAAAUCACUGCAACGUACAGUAAACUUCGAUUAAGCUAUUAGUAUCUCAACUACGACGUCUCAAUUUUCAAGUCUGAAAUUAGCAGUUUAACUUCUUGCCUUAUAAUAACGUGUCAGACUCGUAGUAAAGAUUUCAAACUGAAUUAAAAUAAAAGUAACAGAAGAAUAAUAUUUCAUUUGAGUUCAAAAGAAUCGAGUAAUAUUUAUUAAACUUGUUAAUUUUAUUUUAUUAUUCUUUGUUAAUUAACAUGGACAUAGAGUACGUCCAGAAUUUUUCUUUUUUCUCUUAUUAUCAAGGACAAAAUAGUUGUAUCGAUCAUGAUUAAAAAAUAAAUCAUAGGACAAUAACUUGGUACAGCAAUAUUGGAAAAACACGUCAUUGCUCCAUCACUUUUGAACGUUACACAGCAGAAGUUUCGCAGUCCUCGAAGAUUUUCAUCGUUCCCCGUAAUUUACAUCGGGUCGAAUGUUUCGACAGGUGUUUCGUCGGGAAACGAGUACGCUGAUGCCAGCUUCUACCUGUAUAAUACUUGUACAUCGCGGAGAGCGCAGCUAACACGCAUUAAUUACGAGAAAGUACCGUAGAGGCCGGCAAUCCUGAUAGUCGAGCACCGUGCGUGAGACCACAAGGCGAAUUCACGUGUCGCUGAGCCAACAGCGCUCGCUGUGAUUCUGACAAGUGCACCGACCAUGACAAAACGGGGCAAAAAGUAAUCUGGAAUACGAACUACGGCUACGAAUACCUGUUUUCUGCCAACCUUUUCCUCGCUCCACGGAAUUCUUCUCACACUAGAUCCACUUUAUUCGUGCGCGAUCGAUCUUUCCGGCUAACAAGAAGGGGACCCUUUCAACAAGCACACGUCGAUUUUGGUGAAUCUUAUAUGAGAUAUAGUUCUCAAGGAAAUAUUUAACACGUAUUUUUUCUUAUCUCUCAACAUCCACUUCCAAAGGAUGAAGACCCCUCUAAAAGUUCAGGGUUGAAAGUACAUUUUUUAUAAUAUCUCUGAAACUACGGAAUCUAUAAAAGAAAUCUAAAUUGUCCAUUUCGAGGCGAACAGUUUAUUAAAAAAAUUGUUUCCUACAUCCCCUAAUUGGCGACAGUUUCGAUUGAUUACAUGUAAUCGUAUUGACGAAUGGAACAUUAGGGAUUGAAUAUAUCAGGAAUCAGAAAAUGAAACUAGCAGAAAAUUUGGCGAGAAAAGAUGAGAACUGAACGAUCAGCCUCGCCAUCUUCAGACUAGCCAUCAAGUAAUCUUCUAGUACAGUUGAUUAAUAUGAUCUUCUUAUACAGUUCCCUGACCCUUUUGUCGAUAAGAAAGAGCAACGAACAAACCUGUGGUGGCAAAUUAGCGUACGAUCUUAAAUAGGAGCGUGACAAAAGAUCGUUACGCGUGGGUGUUACAGGCGAAGGUAACCCGAAAGGUGACUGAACUCGUUCAAACUAUUUGUUUCGCCUCGGUACGUUCGUUUCUCCUUCUUGGACUAAAGCGGUACUAGGUGCGCCAGAAAGUCAUUCGCUUAUAUUUUAGGAAGUCAAGUAUCUAUUUUACUUCAGUAAUGAUUAUCCUGGAAUUGGUCAGAGGAAGAUAGAUAACUUAUAUAGAUAAUUUCAAUUAUUUUACUAAAGUUACAUUUAUAUUAUUUUUAGCUAAAGUUACAUUUAUAUUAUUGUGUGGGUCGGGGAGAGAUGGGCUACUUAUGACCUAUUUAUGAAAGUAAAUUGCAUAUACGAAGAAUAGUUAAAUAGGUUUCUGUGCAAGAUUCAGUAUACCACUAAAAACAAGUGAAAAUAUAAAUAUUUGAUCACUUAAAUGAGGCCGGGCCAUCUUAUUCGGAAUUACCCUAUUGAUAAAUGGAUUGGUAUAAACGUGUGUAGAUUACAUUUUUACAUUAUUGGUAAUUAAUA